GCUAAGACUCUAAGUUUGAAGAUUUACAGAUGAGGAGCCGAUGAAGGUAAAAAUGGCUCCCCAGUAGUAUUAUACGAUUCAAAAUACGGUCCUUAUCCUUCUAUCGUAUCUCCUUAGUCGUUACCUACGACUACGAGGGUACUCUUGUACUUUUCCUAAAUUCACCUCGAAUUCACAAAUCAUAAAAGGCUAAGAUCGUUAAAAAGAAUUGUUAAAGAAAAAAGAAAAAAAUUACAACACGAAGGUUUCGUCUUUCAGACCAAGAACACAAAGGCGAGAGGAAGAAACAGAAUACAACACUCGACAAAAAAUAUAUAUAUAAUACGAAGCCAAAUAGAAGGAGGGAUUGAGAGGUUUUCUCUUUUAAUUCCAUUUUUGUUUGCUUGUGGCAAAGAUUUCUCUUUCUGCAGCUCUCAAAUUCGUCAUCGUUUCUCUCGAUCUGUUCUUCACGUUCGUCGAUUUAUAGCUUCCCCUCACGAUUUUCUCGCCUCCGAUCUAUCUCACUUCUUUUUUCUCUGGUGAAACGCUACAUUGAUUUGGCUGAUGUUGUUUUGUGGUGAAACUUUUUGCGAAUUAGGUUAAAUUUGGAGGGGAGGAUUUUGAGGAGUUGGAAAAGGGGGAAGUUUUGAAGUAUGAGCAUCGAUAGCCCUGGGAAAGGAGAGAUAGCUAGGGUUUGAGAGAAGUUGGAGAAUUCGGAGGAAAUUGUGGGGAUUCCCAUGGGCGAUGGAGGAGUUGCGUGCAUGCCUUUGCAGCAGCAGCAGCAGCAGCAGCAUCAACAUCAGCAUAUCAUGGAGAGGUUUCCAGUUACAGAAAAAACGCUUUGUCCCAACAAUGGGCUCACUUCAAAGCCGGUUAAGCUCGAAGACAACGCACAGCAGCAGCAACCACAGCAGCAACCGCUGCGAAAGAAGAAGAAAAUUGUGAAGGUUAAGAAAGUAGUGGUGGUUAAGAAGAAGGUGCCAGCAGGAACAGCAGCAGCAGCAGCAGCAGCAGCAGCAACAGCAACAGCAACAGCACAGAGGAAUGAACUGAUAGUUAAAGCAAAGAGUGAAGCGGGAUUGAAGAGCAGUAAAGAGGUUGAUAAAGGUGAGAAUUCUGGGCAGAAGGAGGACGUGGAAGAAGGAGAAUUGGGGACGUUGAAGUGGCCCAGAGAAGGGGAGAAUGGGGAGGUGGGGACUGACAAGUCAAAGAGUGGGGAAAUUGAGAAGCGAGAGAUUGCUCGUGAAAAAUGGAGGAAAGGGGAAGUAGAGAAGGGAGAGAUUGUUUCUGAGGGAAAACGGGAGGUGGAGAAAAGGGAAAAAGGGGAAGUGGUGAAUGGAGAGAUUGUUAUGGGCAAAUGGCGAAAAGUAGAGGCGGGAAAGGGGGAGAUAGUUCUGGACAAAGGAAGGAAAGGGGAUGCUGAAAAGGGUGAAUUUGGGUCAUGGAGAGGCGCCAAAGAUGAGGUAGAGAAAGGUGAGUUCAUUCCUGAUAGAUGGCAUAAAGGGGAAGUGGUAAAGGAUGAGUACAGUUAUGGUAAAUCUCGUAAGUAUGAGUUAGGAAAGGAAAAAAGUUGGAAAUAUGAGAUGGAACGCACACCACCUUCUGGAAAGUACUCGGCUGAUGAUCUUUAUCGCAGGAAGGAAUUCAGUAGAAGUGGUUCUCAGCAUUGCAAAAGUUCUUCCAGAUGGGAAACAAGCCACGAAAGGACUUCCAGAAUCAGUUCAAAGAUUGUGGAUGAGGAAGGCUUGUAUAAGAGUGAGUAUAGCAAUGGUAAGAACCAUGGACGAGAUCACCCUUCUUCUGGUAAUCGGUUGAAGCGGCAUGGUACUGAUUCAGAUAACAGUGAGCGGAAGCACUAUGGAGAUUAUGGCGACUAUGCAAAUUCCAAAAGUAGGAGGCUCUCCGAUGAUUUUGGGCGCAGUUCCUAUACAGAGCACUAUUCACGCCACUCUGUUGAGAGGUUCUAUAGAAAUUCUUCUUCAUCAAGGCUUUCUUCGUUGGAGAAAUACUCUUCAAGACAUCAUGAAUCCUCCUUGUCAUCUAGAGUUGUUUAUGACAGGCAUGGACGAAGUCCAGGAUAUUCUGAGCGGUCCCCACGUGAUAGGAAUAGGAAUUAUGAUCACAGAGAUCGGAGCCCGAUUCGACGGGAGAGAUCCCCGUAUGCUCGGGAGAGAUCCCCUUAUAGGGAUCGGAGCCCAAUUCGACGGGAGAGAUCCCCAUAUGCCUGUGAGAGAUCCCCAUAUGCUCGUGAGAGAUCCCCAUAUGAUCGGAGUCAUCACCAUGAUCAUAGAAACAGAAGUCCUAUUAAUGCAGAGCAGUCCCCACAGGAUCGAUCCAGAUUCCAUGAACGCAGGGACCGGACUCCCAGCUAUUUGGAGCGGUCUCCACAGGAUCGGAAUAGGCCCAAUUAUCUCAAAGACACUAGUAGAAAAAGUUCUGCAAAUGAGAAGCGCAAUUCACAAUAUGGUUUUAAGGGGCAAGAAGAUAGAGUCAGCCAGAGGGAUUAUAGCGGAAGAGACCCACAUUCCUCAACUAAAGAAUCUCAAGAUAGGACCAGUGUGCACAAUUUUAACGGAUCAGAUGGAAAAAAUGCUGUUUGUGAGUCUCACAAAGAAGAUCAAUCUGUGAGUCCCAAAGUAAACUGCAAAGAACCUCCUGUUCCUGUUGAUGAGGCACCUCCUGAAGAGCUGCAAUCAAUGGAGGAAGAUAUGGAUAUAUGCGACACACCACCUCACUUUCCUGUGGUGGCUGAGUCAGCACUGGGUAAAUGGAUUUAUCUUGAUUAUUUUGGUGUUGAACGCGGGCCUUCAAAAUUAAGUGACCUUAUGGCACUUGUGGAAGAAGGGGUUCUUUUGUCAGAUCAUUUAAUCAAGCAUUUAGAUAGUGAUAGGUGGGUGACUGUUGAAAAUGCAGCUUCACCAAUGUUGACUGCAAGUUUACCGUCCAUUGUGUCUGAUGCUGUAACACAACUGGUUAGCCCUCCUGAAGCUCCUGGUAACUUACUGGUAGAAAUUGGAGAUCCAAGGCCCCUUGGAACUUACGGUGGUGAUGAGGCAGUGAUGAGCUACGAAGAUGACAAUGCAGCUGCAUCAGAGUCCUUAGAAGAUCUUCACAUUGAUGAAAGGGUUGGAGCAUUAUUGGAGGGUAUUGACAUUGUUCCUGGCAAGGAGCUUGAGAUAGUUGGAGAAGUUCUGCAAAUGACCUUUGAUCAUGCAGAAUGGGAAGGGUGGGAAAAUUCUGAAGGUUUCACUUGGCUUUGGAGUCUUAGGGGGGAUCAACAUGAUAAAAUAACUGAUGAAUUAUCUUGCUACUAUGACACCAAGUCAAAGGAGGCAGCAGAAUUCAGGUUUGGUGCACUCUCUGAUGGUUUGUCCUAUGCUGACUCUAGUGACUGGUUUUCUGGUCGGUGGUCAUGCAAGGGUGGGGACUGGAAGAGGAAUGAAGAAGCUACUCAGGAUAGGUCUUCUAGGAAAAAACUUGUGCUUAAUGAUGGUUACCCGUUGUGCCAUAUGCCAAAGUCUGGGUAUGAGGACCCUCGCUGGCAUAUGAAGGAUGAUCUGUACUAUCCUUCUCAUAGCAGAAGGCUUGACCUCCCUCCUUGGGCAUUCUCCACUACUGAAGAGAGAAAUGAUUGCAGUGAUAUUAGUAGAUCUAAUCAAAUCAAGCCUUCUGUUGUGAGAGGAGUGAAGGGAACCGUGCUUCCAGUAGUCAGGAUAAAUGCAUGUGUGGUUCAGGACCAGGGCUCAUUUGUAUCUGCACCCCGCACGAAAGUUCGAGGAAAGGAGAGGCACUCUUCAAGAUCUGCUUGGCCACACUCUACAACAAGUGAUAUCAAGAAAUCAUCUGCAGAAAGUGAUUCACUAUCAAAGGCUGUUAAUGAUCAAGGCUUGAAAGGAUCAUGGAAGUUCAUUGCACCCAUUAAUACUCCUAAAGACCAUGUUUGCACUGCUGAUGAGUUGCAGUUGCACUUGGGUGAGUGGUACUACCUUGAUGGUGCUGGGCAUGAAAGGGGACCUUUAUCUUUUUCAGAACUUCAGGUCUUAGUGGAUCAAGGAGCUAUCCAGAAACAUAGCAGUGUUUUCCGUAAAUGUGAUCAAGUUUGGGUUCCGGUCACCACUGCUGCUGGGACUUUUGAAGGCACUGCAAGGAAUCGGCCUGAGAAUGUUGCACCAUAUGCUGAUUCUUCAGGAACUCUACUUUUAGACUCUCAAGGUAUUUCUAUUGGUGAUAAUAUUACCAGUUCUGGUUGUUUUCACAGCCUACAUCCCCAAUUCAUUGGUUAUACCCGUGGGAAGCUUCAUGAAUUGGUAAUGAAAUCGUAUAAGAGCCGAGAAUUUGCUGCAGCCAUAAAUGAGGUUUUAGAUCCAUGGAUCAGUGCAAAACAGGCAAAGAAAGAGAUGGACAAGCAUAUUUACCAAAAAGCAGACAGUGGCAAACGAGCUCGGAUGACGAUUAAUGGAAGUGAAGAAGAGUAUGAAAUUGAAGAUGAGUUGCAAUCAAUCCGAAAGGAUGAGCCUGCAUUUGAAGAUUUAUGUGGUGAUGCUACCUUCCUUGAACAAGAGAGUGCAUCUUCUGUUACUGAGAUGGGGAGCUGGGGUUUGUUAGACAGUCAUGUGCUGCCACGAGUAUGCCAUUUCUUGAGAUCUGACAUGAAAUCCCUUGCCGUUGCUUCUUUGACUUGUAAACUCUGGAGAGCUGCUGUCAGGUUUUACAAGGGGAUUGCAAGGCAGGUUGACUUGUCAUCUCUUGGUCCUAACUGCACUGACUCUGUAGUGUGGAAUAUCAUGAAUGAUUAUAACAAAGAAAAGAUAAACUCCAUGAUUCUAAUUGGUUGCACAAACAUAACUUCCUGCACGCUUGAAGAUGUUCUUCGUCUUUUUCCUAGUUUAUCUUUGAUAGACAUUAGAGGUUGCAAUCAGUUUGGAGAGUUGACUAUCAAAUUUCCAAAUUUGAGGUGGUUCAAGAGCCGAAGUUUGCAAUCUAUGACGAUUUCGGAUGAGUCAAAUUCUAAAAUAAGGGGUCUGAAACAGAUGACUGAGAAAACUUCAUCUGGCCUUAAAAUGGGCCUGGGAAGGGAUAUCGAUGAUUUUGGUGAAUUGAAGAGUUAUUUUGAAAGUGUAGAUAAAAGAGACUCAGCAAACCAAUUAUUUCGUCAAAGUUUAUAUAGACGUUCAAAGUUAUUUGAUGCCAGAAAGUCCUCAUCCAUUUUAUCUAAGGAAGCUCGUAUAAGGCGAUGGGCCAUCAAGAAAUCUGAAAAUGGAUAUAAGCGGAUGGAGGAAUUCCUUGCUUCAAGUCUAAGAGACAUCAUGAAGGAGAAUACCUUUGACUUUUUUGUGCCCAAGGUUGCAGAAAUUGAGGAAAGAAUGAAAAAUGGUUAUUACGUUGGCCAUGGUGUGGGUUCUGUUAAAGAGGACAUCAGCCGAAUGUGCAGGGAUGCAAUAAAAGCAAAGAAUCGUGGUGGUGGUCGAGACAUGAAUCGCAUAAUUACUUUAUUUAUCCAGCUUGCCACACGAUUAGAAGAGGGUGCCAAGAUUACUUCUUCUUAUGAAAGAGAUGAAUUACUGAAGUCUUGGAAAGAUGACGCACCUGCCGGGUUAUCAAAAUACAAGAAGAAACUUGGUAAGGCUGUCACUGAAAGGAAGUACAUGAACAAGAGCAAUGGCACUUCUUUUGCAAAUGGUGGGUUUGAUUAUGGGGAAUAUGCAUCUGAUAGAGAAAUUAGAAAACGUUUAUCUAAACUUAAUCGGAAAUCUCUAGACUCAGAAAGUGAAACAUCUGAAGAACUUGAUCGCUCUUCUGAGGAUGGCAAAAGUGAGAGUGAGAUUGAGAGUACAGCCUCAGAUACAGAGAGUGACUUGGAUUUCAAGCCUGAAGGUCGGUCUGGGGAGUCAAGAGGGGAUGGAUACAUUAUGGCAGGUGAUAGUUUUGAUUCUAUGGCUGAUGAUCGUGAAUGGGGUGCUCGCAUGACAAAAGCUAGUUUGGUUCCUCCUGUCACUAGGAAAUAUGAAGUGAUUGACCAAUAUGCUAUUGUAGCUGAUGAGGAGGAUGUGCGACGUAAGAUGCAGGUAUCCUUGCCAGAGGACUAUGCUGAGAAGCUUAAUGCUCAGAAAACUGGCACUGAGGAGUUGGAUAUGGAACUUCCUGAAGUCAAAGAUUAUAAACCCAGAAAACAGCUUGGAGAAGAAGUUAUAGAGCAAGAAGUAUAUGGAAUUGAUCCUUAUACUCAUAACCUUUUACUUGAUUCCAUGCCAGAAGAGUCGGAGUGGCCUCUAGAGGAUAAGCAAUCUUUUAUCGAAGAUGUUCUUCUUCGAACUCUGAAUAAGCAAGUUAGACACUUCACAGGCACUGGGAACACUCCAAUGAUGUAUCCAUUACAGCCUGUUGUAGAAGAAAUUAAAAGAGUUGCUGAUGUGGAUUUUGAUGUACGAACAACGAGAAUGUGCCAAGCUAUCCUGAAAGCCAUAGAUGCUCGUCCUGAUGACAACUAUGUUGCUUACCGAAAGGGUCUGGGUGUUGUUUGCAACAAGGAAGGUGGUUUUGGAGAAGAAGAUUUUGUUGUAGAGUUUUUGGGAGAGGUUUAUCCUGUUUGGAAAUGGUUUGAGAAGCAAGACGCGAUUCGAUUGUUGCAGAAAAACAGCAAGGAUCCAGCUCCUGAGUUUUACAACAUCAACCUUGAGAGGCCAAAGGGUGAUGCGGAUGGGUAUGAUUUAGUUGUUGUUGAUGCCAUGCACAAGGCAAAUUAUGCGAGUCGAAUUUGUCAUUCAUGUCAUCCUAAUUGUGAAGCCAAAGUUACUGCAGUAGGUGGUCAGUACCAAAUUGGAAUCUAUGCUCUACGUGCAAUACGAUAUGGCGAGGAGAUUACAUUUGAUUAUAAUUCUGUUACAGAGAGCAAGGAAGAAUAUGAAGCAUCUGUCUGUCUCUGUGGUAGUCAAGUUUGCCGUGGUAGCUAUUUGAAUCUGACUGGUGAUGGUGCAUAUCAGAAGGUAUUGAAGGAGUGGCAUGGAAUAUUGGAUCGACAACAGCUAAUGCUAGAAGCUUGUGAAUUGAAUUCUGUAUCUGAAGAAGAUUACCUUGAGUUAGGGAGAGCUGGUCUUGGAAGUUGUUUGCUUGGCGGGUUGCCUGAUUGGUUGGUUGCAUACUCUGCUCAACUGGUGAGAUUCAUAAAUUUUGAGAGAACAAAGCUCCCUGAGGAAAUUUUAAGGCAUAAUUUGAAAGAGAAACGAAAAUACUGUUUAGAUAUAUGUCUGGAUGCAGAGAGGAAUGAUGCUGAGAUUCAGGCUGAGGGUGUCUAUAACCAGAGGCUUCAGAAUUUGGCAAUUACUCUUGACAAGGUAAGGUAUGUUAUGAGAUGUGUGUUUGGUGACCCCAAAAAGGCUCCACCGCCAAUAGAGAGGCUCAGUCCUGAAGAAGCUGUUUCCUUUCUCUGGAAAGGAGAGGGAUCACUUGUUGAGGAGCUUCUUCAGUGCAUGGCUCCUCAUGUCGAAGACAACAUGCUCAAUGACAUGAGGUCCAAGAUUCAGGCCCAUGACCCAUCGGGUUCUGACAACAUUCUUAAAGAACUUCAGAAAUCUUUGUUAUGGUUGAGGGAUGAGGUUCGGAACCUUCCAUGUACAUACAAGUGUCGGCAUGAUGCCGCAGCUGACUUGAUCCAUAUUUAUGCUUACACAAAGUGCUUCUUAAGAGUUCGAGAAUACAAAGCAGUAACUUCUACCCCAGUCUACAUCAGUCCUCUUGACCUGGGCCCUAAGUAUGCUGACAAGGUGUCAAGUCUUCAGGAGUAUUGCAAGACAUAUGGUGAAAAUUAUUGUUUAGGACAGCUGAUUUUUUGGCAUAAUCAGACAAGUGUUGAGCCUGAUCGCAGCCUGGUUAGAGCAAGUAGGGGUUGCUUGUCAUUGCCUGACAUUGGUUGCUUUUAUGCAAAGGUUCAGAAGCCAUCAAGGCAUCGUGUUUAUGGCCCAAAGACUGUGAAAUUUAUGCUGUCAUGGAUGGAGAAGCAACCCCAGAGACCGUGGCCCAAGGACCGAAUAUGGUCAUUCAAAACUUCUCCAAAAGUUUUUGGCAGUCCAAUGCUAGAUGCUGUUUUAAAUAAUUCUUCACUGGAGAGAGAUAUGGUGCACUGGUUGAAGCACAGACCAGCAAUAUUCCAGGCAAUGUGGGAUCGAUGAGUCUUUUAUAGGGGUUUGGGUUAGUGGCAGUAGGAUUAUUAGCCAAUACUCGGUAAAUGUUUUGGAAUGAUUUCUCAAUUUUAGUUCGCAGCUGCCCUCUAGUGUGUGGUAGUUGGUAAUCAUUCCAAAACAUCAUUUCUUGUGCCGCCGCUGUCUUCUCAUUCUUGUGUACAGUUUUCAUCUUUGUAUUUGUAAUUCAUUUUCUUGUAGUAGGGCAUUUUUUUUCUCCUUUCUCCCCCUUUUUGCUUUAAUUUUAAGUAAACGAUGAAAAAGAAAAUCUCGAGGCAAUGUUUUUUUCUUUUAUUCUUUUCCUAGUCUUGCCUCUAUCUUAUAACCGAAUAUGCUCGAGAAAUCAUUGGUAAUGCAUGUUUGUAGGUGAGCAUUG